GAGAGGUUGCGUAGCAACGUGUGUUGCUCUGUAGUCCAGGCUGCGGUGGCGGAGGACUGGCGAUGCCCAAGAACUCGGUGGUCAUCCUGCGCUACGGGCCCUACAGCGCGGCAGGCCUGUCAGUGGAGCACCACACCUUCCGCCUACAGGGCCUGCAAGCUGUAUUGGCCAAAGAUGGACACGAGGUCAUCCUAGAGAAGAUAGAAGACUGGAAUGUGGUGGAACUUAUGGUGAAUGAAGACGUCGUCUUCCACUGCAACAUUAAGGACCUGGAGUUUGGAGGCGACGGUACACUAGACCCACUGUGCGAAAAGGCCCGGAUAGCUGUGCUGAACGCCUACUGAUCUCCUUGUGGAACAAGCAUCUUAAAUUGGCAGAACAGCAGCUGCCCCAGCCAUUCUAUGAUGCAGGCAGAAGUGGCUGUGCUGGGGUGUGGACACUGGGCUCUACUAGUGAGAACAGGGUAACUUCGGCCUGACUUCCAGCCUACACAGCCUCAGGGUUUUCACCUGGCUGCACAGGAGUCCACAGAAAUAAUAAAAACCACAUCAUUUGUAGCAUCUCUCAAUCUCAACCCAUUGGGAGAGCCCUCCAAUAUCAGAUACACAUUGAGCUGAAGGAAAUCAUAAAAUGCAAUCAAAUAACAAGGUGCCAUCCCUUACUAAUAACACAUAGUUGCCAGAAGCAUCUGAGAUUUCAUUGUUUAGUACUUGAAGAGCUCAGAACAGGUAAAAUUAAAGAGAAGUUGGGGGAAGGGUGGGAAUAAAGGCUUUUGACAGUCUGAACCAAAAGCAAAUGUUAAUAUUUGGAAACUUUGCUGUUCCUACAGAUUUAUUUCUGUCUCCUGAGGGAAUAUUUUAAAUUGCUAAUAUAAAAUUAGCUGAAAUCAAAUCUUCAGUUAUUCUCAUCUAAAACAAGAAAAUGACCUGUCUUCUUUUGCAUCAAGAUUGUCUAAGGAGGGCAUGAAACCGUCCUCGGCAGGAUGUGAGAUGGCUCCCUGGUCCCUCUGGAGGAGAACACAGCCCCGCAGAGUUAAAGAGGGUCUUCUUUAUGUUCAGUGUGAAAAUCAAUCAUAUCAAAAUGAUAUUUUUACUUUCUAGUCUUAUGCACCAAAGUGUAGUAUAUAUUCUUAACUACAGUGUAACGGAGAGGGGGAAAUGCAGGUACGUUAAAUGGGACGUCAUGGUAAGAAGGCCUCACACCUAUAGAAGAAAGCCAGAUUCCCUAACAGAAGACUCUGGACCCAGGGCACCCGUGCAGAAGGAGCAGGGUCUUUAGGAUCCCUCCAAGAGCUUCGGCCUUGCCCCCUCUGAGAGCAAGCCUAACCAUUGCCCCCGGAAGCCUCAAACCCUUCUGCACCCUAGAACUUCAAAGGCCGCCAGGAACCAUGAAACUGCUUGCACAGGUUCUUUCUCAUAUGUGAGAAAAUAGACGGUAUAGUUUUAAAACCUCAGCCCAAGCUACACUUGUCAGAGUUGAUUCAGGGAUUGAAUCAACUAUUUAACUGAUUCAAUUAAUUAAAUCGAAUCAAUUUAAGCAUCUCCUUACUGAGAAACUGAGGCUCAAAAAAGAUUUUUCCAGUGUCUAGUGCCAGUUUUCAUGUAUCUUUUGUAACCCUAGAUUUAGUCCUUUUUGUCAAAGACCAGUUUAAGUUACUAUAGAUAUAGCAUUCAAUCUUUGUUUCAAUAUAACAUUUUACUACAAAAGAAAUCCAUUCUCAUUAAAGAAAAAUGAAAAAAUACACAUAAAAAUAAAGGACAACUUUAAUAUUUUUAUAUA